AUACAGAGCUCACUUCCUAAAAAUAGGUGCCAUGUUGCAUCCUUUAGACACGGGGCUAAAAUAAAUUCAGCCAUCCCAUCUACUUGCUUGAUAGAACCUUCAGUGGAGCUGGCCUCCACUCCAUCAGUUGCUUUCAGGGGACUGGGAAAUUUGCUGUACAUAAAAUAAGGGAGGAAACUAGCCUGUGAAGAUCUGUAAAGAUACAGGACAUCUCUACUCACUUGAGGUUAAAUCUAAAUAUUACAAAAGCUACCGUUGGCCCUAAUAAGCCUGUGAGUGGAUUUGCAGAAGACAGUGCUGCGCGAAGUGAGGGUGUGUCAGACCUCCAGGAGGUGGUCUCCUUGAAGGAGCGGAUGGCGAGGUACCAGGCAGCUGUUUCCAGGGGAGACUGCCACAGCUUCUCUGCUAAUAUGAUGGAGGAAUCAGAGAUGUGCACUGUACCUGGUGGUUUGGCCAGGGUGAAGAGACAAUUUGAGAAGGAUGAAAUUGCUUCUACUCAUAAUACCUUUUCUCAAUACCAAUACCAGCACCAGAACAGAUCCGAGCAGGAGGUAACUGGUAGCAGCCAAGCCAAUAUUUCAAGAAGCAGCCAGGAAAUGGAAGGAAAUAAACAAGAAGCUUCCAAAACACAUCACAUUGAAGUUCUUGGAACAGAAAUGAUCUCUCAUCCUGAAAAGCACACCCAGGAAAUAAACCAAGCUGCUUCUCAUUUCCAACAAUAUGUUCAAGAAACAGUCAUUGAUACACCUGAGGAUGAAGAGAUUCCAAAGGUUUCAACUAAGUUUUUAAAAGAGCAAUUUGAAAAGUCUGCCCAGGAAAAGGUCCUUUAUUCUGACAAAGAGACAACAACCCCAGCCAAGCAGAUUAAGAUUAAAAGUGAAUAUGAAGAGACUUUAAAGCCAUCUUCAGUUGCGGACACCUCUUCUACUUCUUGCGCUUCAGCCAGCCAGAGAAAGGAAAUAUCAACCACUAGAUACAGUGACCACAGUGUCACUUCUUCUACUCUGGCACAAGUUAAUGCCAUUCCUUCUGGAAAGACAGAAGAAUUUCCUCCUCCCCCACCUGAUGUACUUCAAACUCCAAUAGAUGUGACAGCAUUUUCCCAGUCCCCUGAAUCACCUAGUCCUGCUGGAAGACCACCAGUCCCCAAAGAAUUAUAUUCCAAGCAAAGAAAUUUGUAUGAAUUAAACCGUUUAUAUAAACACAUCCAUCCUGAAUUAAGAAAAAACUUAGAAAAAGAUUAUAUCAGUGAGGUUUCUGAGAUUGUUUCUAGUCAAGUGAAACCAGGGAGCUCAGUGUCAGCAGAUGUACAACAAGUCCGGUAUGUUUUUGAAAACACGAAUGACAAGUCUCAGAAAGGUCUGAAUGCUGAAAGAGAACACAUGGAGUGGGAUGAAAUUCUGAAGGGAGAGGUACAGUCCAUGAGAUGGAUCUUUGAGAAUCAACCAUUAGAUUCCAUCAACAGUGGCUCUAAAGAUGAAGGUAGCAUCCUGAAGGGCAUCGCUGAUCAAGAAAUCAUUGCUGGCAGUGAUGUGAAGUAUACCACAUGGAUGUUUGAAACCCAACCCAUAGAUACACUGGGGGUUCAUUCUUCAGUCACUGCAGAUAAUGCUGAGAAAAUUCCUGAGCUAGCCAGAGGAGAUGUGCGCACAGCCCAGUGGAUGUUUGAAACAAAGCCAUUAGAUGCACUGAAUAGAAUGCAUCAAAGUCAAGAAGAAUCAGAAGUAACUACCGUUAAGGACAUAACUGGGGGGGAUGUCAAGACUGUGAGAUACAUGUUUGAGACUCAACAUCUAGAUCAACUUGGACAGCUUCAUUCAGUGGAUGAGGUUCACUUACUGCAACUCAGAUCUGAGCUCAAAGAAAUUAAAGGCAAUGUGAAGAGAAGUAUAAAAUGCUUUGAAACUCAACCUUUAUAUGUUAUUAGAGAUGGUUCAGGUCAAAUGCUAGAAAUUAAAACUCUUCACAGAGAAGAUAUUGAAAGGGGCGAUGUGAGAACAGCACGUUGGAUGUUUGAAACACAGCCCUUGGACACAAUUAAUAAAGAUAUCACAGAAAUUAAAGUUGUCCGAGGAAUAUCCAUAAAAGAAAAUGUCAAAGGUGGGGUAAGUAGGGCAAAGUGGUUAUUUGAAACCCAACCUUUAGAGAAAAUCAAAGAAGAGACAGAAGACGUAAUCACUGAAAAGGAAAUGAUAAUGGGUGUGGAUGUCUCCAGAAAGUGUUGGAUGUUUGAAACCCAGCCAUUAGACAUUCUAAACGAAACUCCUCUUGCAGAUCCUCUACCACCUGAGGAGAUAAUAGGUGGCGAUGUGCAAGCUACUAAACACCUAUUUGAAACACUUCCAAUAGAGGCUUUAAAAGAUAGCCCUGAUGUAGGAAAGCUUCAAAAAAUUACUGCCUCUGAAGAAGAAAAGGGGGAUGUUAGGCAUCAGAAAUGGAUUUUUGAAACCCAACCUCUAGAAGAGAUUAGAGAAAAUAAAAAAGAGUACACAAGGACAGUGAAACUUGAAGAGGUUGACAGAGGAGAUGUAAGGAAUUACACACGUAUUUUUGAAUCAAACAACUUAAUUAAUUUUGAUGCAUCACAUAAAAUAGAGGUGGAAGGAGUCACAAGAGGUGCUGUGGAGUUAAAUAAAUCUCUCUUUGAAACAACACCACUGUAUGCCAUUCAAGAUCACCUAGGAAAAUAUCAUCAAGUAAAGACAGUUCAGCAAGAAGAAAUCCUAAGAGGUGAUGUGAGAAGCUGUAGGUGGCUUUUUGAAACAAGGCCCAUUGACCAGUUUGAUGAAAGCAUUCAUAAAUUUCAGAUUAUUAGAGGAAUAUCUGCUCAAGAAAUACAGACUGGAAAUGUAAAAUCUGCUAAAUGGUUGUUUGAAACCCAACCUCUUGAGUCAAUUAAAUAUUUUAAUAAUGUGGAAGAAACAGACAACAAAACUGAACAAGCUACAGAUAUUAAGGGGGAUGUCAAAACCUGUAAAUGGCUUUUUGAAACACAGCCAAUGGAGUCUCUUUAUGAAAAAGUUUCAUUAGUGACUGGCAAUGAAGAAAUUCAUAAGGGAGAUGUCAAAACCUGUACCUGGCUUUUUGAAACUCAGCCACUUGAUACCAUAAAAGACAAUUCUGAAGCAACAGUCAAAUUGCAAACCAUAAAACAGGAGGAGAUCCAAGGUGGGGAUGUUCGUACAGCAUGUUUUCUUUUUGAGACAGAAAAUUUGGACAGCAUACAAGGAGAAGAAGGAAAGGAAAUCAAGCCUGUGGAAAUGGAUAUCCAAGCUGGAGAUGUUUCCAGCAUGCGGUAUAAAUUUGAAAAUCAGUCCUUAGAUUCUAUAAGUUCCAGUUCAGAGGAAGUUUUGAAAAAGAUCAAAACUCUAAAAACUGAAGAUAUUCAAAACGGCAGUGUUUUAAAUUGUCGGUGGCUUUUUGAAAAUCAACCAAUUGAUAUGAUAAAAGAAAGUAAAGAAGGUGAUGAAUUAGUUAAGACAGUGACAGACAUACAAGGUGGGGAUGUAAGAAAAGGGUGCUUUAUUUUUGAGACUUUUUCUUUAGAUAAGAUUAAAGAAGAAUCUGACUAUAUCAGCACCAAGGAAACAAGUACUGAAGAAAUACUAAAAGGUGAUGUGAAAAGCUACAGAAUGCUGUUUGAAACUCAGCCACUCUAUGCAAUACAAGACCGAGAAGGGUAUUAUCAUGAAGUGACAACAGUUAAAAAAGAAGAAGUAAUUAAUGGAGAUGUACGAGGGACAAGGUGGCUUUUUGAAACAAAACCAUUAGACUCAAUUAAUGAAUCUGAUACUGUGUAUAUUAUUAAAUCUGUCACACAAGAAGACAUUCAGAAGGGAGAUGUUAAUUCGGUCAGAUACCGAUUUGAAACACAGCCACUGGAUAAGAUUUCUGAAGAAUCACAUGAUAUUGUGCCCACUGUCGACUAUAUUCAAGGUGGGAAUGUAAAGACCAGUAAGCAAUUAUUUGAGUCUGAAAAUGUGGAUAAAAAUACUUCUAUAAGAACAGUAAGCAUCAAUGAAAUACAAAAGGGCAAUGUUAAAACAUCUACUUGGCUAUUUGAAACCCACACUCUAGAUGAACUAAGAGGAGAAGGGUCAGAAUAUGAAAAUAUCAAGACAGUCACCCAGGAAGAUGUGCAGAAAGGUGAUGUUAAACACGCAGUAUGGCUUUUUGAAAAUCAAACUUUAGAUUCUAUUAAGGAAACAGAUGAGGGCAUCACAAAAAUAAUCAAGGAAGAAAUCCCUCCUUCUGAUGUUAAGACAACUACAUGGCUCUUUGAAACAACACCCCUUCAUGAAUUUAAUGAAAAUAGGGUAGAAAAGGUGAACAUUAUUGGCAAGAGCAUUAAAGAAACCUUAGAAGAGCUCUACUCUCAAAAAGUCAUCGAGGCUCCUGGAAUCAUCAUUGAAGCCAAUGAAGUUGGGGAUGUCCGAAUGGCAAAAUACAAGCUCAUGAAUCAAGCAUCUCCUGAGAUACAGAAAGAAGAAAUUAUCGCAGGUGAUCUCAAAAAUAUAAUGGUGAAUCUACUUUCCAAAAGUGACUGUCCAAAAAGAGAGAUUUUGGUUAGUGAAGAAGAGAAGGGCAAUGUUAAUUUAACUAAAACUCAAUUAUUAAACAGAGCAACAGAAUUUCAUGCUGAGAAAGAAGAGAUAGUGAGAGGAGAUGUACAACAAGCAAUAAAAAACCUGUUCUCUGAGGAAAGAUCUGUCAAGAAAGGCAUUGUAAUUCAGGAAGAUGAAAGAGGAGAUAUUAACAUGACUAUCUAUUGUCUUCUUCAUGAAAAUGAUGGUGACACAAUUGAGCGUGAAGAAAUAGUAGGAGGUGAUGUAAAACGCACCAUUCAUAAUUUGUUAUCUUCCACGGCAAACAAUAAAACAUCUGAAAGGGCUAAAAUUGAUCCUUCUGAAAGAGGAAAUGUUCAGUUUUUCACAGCAUGCAUAGAAACUGGAGCUUUGGACUAUCUCAGACAACUCCAGACAGGGUCAAAUGAAAUACUAACACCUAGAAAACAAGAGGAAGAGGAAGAAAUAAUUGGUGGUGAUGUUGAGGGCACAAAGCUGUUACUAAAGAAAAGGCAGUCUCAGAUUGAACAUUCUGUUAAUGAAACUGACAUCAUCCCAGGAGAUGUGCAUAAUACAGCUAAGAUUUUUAUGACGGAGCCUCAGAGCACAUGUUCUAAGACAUCCAAAGAAGAAAUUAUAAAAGGUGAUUUGAAAUCAACCCUAAAUGCCCUCAGUGAGGCUAUAAAUCAGAAAACAGUGGCUAAGAGAGAAGAAAUUAUAAAAGGUGACAUGCUGGCCACACUCAAGUCACUUAAAGGAUCAAUCCAUCAAUGGAUAGAAGCUAGACAGCCUGAUGCCAUCCCUGGUGAUAUUGAGCAGGCUAUUGAAAGCUUUGAAAAAGCUGCAAACACAAAGACUGCAAUCUUGAAAAAGGAGCUUACCCGAGAUGACUUUGAGACAUCAUUAAGAUCCCUGAAAGAAGAACAAAGGCCUUUCGAAAAGGUAGAUGAAGGUGUAACCAAUGAAGAUGUGCAAGCUGUAACGGUAGGAACCUCAGAAGAGCAGAAAACAGAGAUGCACCAGGGGGGUGUCCACAGGGACAAAAAGAGUGUUCUUCAGCCAAGGCCAGGACCACUUGAGUCAGCAGCCAGGUGGCAAGGUGGCAUAGAUACAGUCAAGCAAACUACUGGCAAAUCUUGUUAUGAUAAUUUAAUAGAAGAAAGAACUGAGAUUAAUCUUCCAGAAGCCCCCAAAGGCACUGUAAAGAUUGUCAUAGAUCGUGAACAAAACAAUGAUGCUCUUGAGAAAAGCCUUAGAAAGCUAUCUGAUUCACACCACAAAGCUAUUGAAAAUGUGUUGGAAUCAGGGGAUAGAAUGGGUUUCUGGAUGGAUGCUGGAAAAGGACAGCAUCAAAGAGAUUUACAUAUGAGCCGACAACUGACUCCAACUGUUUCUGUUAAGGAAAACCUGAAAACUAAGGAAUCAGCGACACUGACAGAGCAGAAGAAGGAUGAUGUCUUUAACUCCACCCAGUCUACUGAUAAAGCAGUUGGAAAGCAACAGAUGCAAACCUGUGAGCUGAGGAAUGGCCACCAGAAGACUGAGGCUUCCUAUCUAAAGAGUCCUAAAGUAAACAAAAACAUGAAAAUAUCAACAGAUACACCCAGCUCCAAGCCCAGUCCUACCCAGCGCCCAGUCAACAUGCCAGUUAGGAAAACUUGCGAAGUUACGGAGGACUUACAGAAGCAAAUUUUGUUAAAGCAAGAAAUGCAAUAUUCUAAUAAGGAUAUAAAGAAAAAUAACACGAACCUUCAACCAACGUGGCAGUGUUUGCCUGUAGAUCAAGACAUAUCAAAUGUUACAGAAAUGAAAUUUUCUGAAAAAAGCCACAAUAAAUUUAAAGCAACCGACAAAAAGCAGAAGACUGAUGUUCAUCUGAAAAGUCAGGACUUUCUAAUGAAGACAAACACUUCAACAGACUUAAAAAUGGCAAUGGAAAAGUCCUUUAAUCUAAUCAACUUUAACCCUGAGAAAAAUAUGAAAGAAAGUGAGUGCCCCCUUCCACCUCCAUCCCCACCUCCUCCUCCACCUUCCAAUGGAUCAUCUGAAAUUGAAUUUCCACUUCCUCCUCCACCUCCUGUAAUGAUGUUGCCUGACAAAAGUAUGUUUCCUCCUUCACUGUCCACAGAGAAGAUAAAGGCUGAAUGUGAAAGCUUCCCAAACCUCCCUCUUCCACCACCACCAAUAGAUGAGAAAGACUGCCUAUCAAUGUUUCUACCCCCACCCCCUCCUCCAACUCUGUCUCAAAAACCAGCACAUCUUUUCUCUUCUGUUCAGGAAAAGCACAGUGGAGCAUUCAUUCAGCAAUACUCCCAAGAAGAAGCCUCACACUCUGAGCAAACUCACUCUCAAACCAAAAUCAUGACAGGAAAAUCUGGCAAAGUUUUGCCACCUCCAACAUUACCCAAACCAAAAUUUCUCAAGCAGAAACAGAUGGAAGAUAGAAAGAAACAUCAUUCCUCAAAAGCAGCAAAGUCCCUGUCAGAUAUAGAAUGUAAAAUUACUCCCGCAAAGGAUCAGAAAAGAGUAAUGAUGGCGACUAGCAGUGAGCACACAGAGACAAAACAGAACAUGUCUAGAAAAAGUCUUGAUGAAAGAAAGCAAUCAUCUAUUGAGUCUGUGAAGUCUCUCUCACAAACAGUUCCAGAAACUUCACCACCCAAGGAAAAACAGACAGCACCUCUUCUAAAAUCUCAUUCAUUUCCAGUGGGCUCAGGACAACAAAGUCCAAAACCUUAUAUGAGAAAAUUUAAGACACCUUUAAUGAUUGCUGAAGAAAAAUAUAGACAGCAAAGAGAAGAGCUUGAAAAACAGAAACACGAGAGUUCUUGCUACAAAAUAGUCAAAACCGAAGGCCAAAAUCAAAACAUAAUAGAGUUGGAAAAGGAAGUGCUGUUACAAAAAACAAACGAGGAGUCUCCUUUACCUGGAAAGGGUUCAGAGAUCACUGUGGUCCUAUCCAAUCCAUACUCUCAAAGUAACGCGCAAGUAAUGAAAGUUAGCACAGAUAAGCAGCUCUCCGAAACAUCAGCAGUGUCGGUGGCUGCCAAGAAGCUCCAAGAUGUUUUAGCAGCCUCCGAAGACAAAGACAGCAUUAAAAAGGAUGUUUUAGAGAGCUCAGGGGACAUUAUACAAUCUAAAUCAGCUUGUGAAAUUAAACAGAGUCACCAAGAAUGUAGUACACAACAAAAGAAGUAUCUGGAGCAGUUGCACUUGCCUCUAAACAAGCCCGUUCCUCCAAGUUUUAAAGUUAAAACUAUCAAGAUCCCAAAUUUAGAUUCUAAAUUAAAUGAAACAGACCACAGCUAUGAAAGCCAUAAAAAGCAACAUGAAGUUAAUGUUCAAACCAUUACUAAACAGCAGUAUCACGAAAGUGAGAAAACAGAAGCAAGCACUGAAUGUAGUAACAAGCAAACUGUGGCUGACAAAUAUUAUCAAUUACCUGAUCGGGAGAAAAGAGUGACAAUAAAAGUGCCUAUAGAACCCCCAGAGAAGAAGACCCAAGAAAGAAAGCUCAGUAUAGUUCAUGAGAAGCAAAGAGAAUUUCGAGAAUCUGACAGUGAGAAACUUCCAGGAAAUGAAGAAGAAAAUCAGGGACCAGCAGUGAUUGGUCCAAAAGAAGAAAGACUAAUAGAGGAAAGAAAACAAGAACAUUUUAAGAAUAAGUCAGCACAGAAGGUAGUCAAGCAAAAGGUUAUUGACGCACAUCUUGAUUCACAGACUCAGAAUUUUCAGCAAACACAAAUACAGGCUUCUGAAAGUAAAGUCGAACAUAAAAAAUUGCCCCAGCCAUAUAAUAGUCUGCAAGAAGAAAAAUGUCUCAGAGUCAAGGGCAUACAACAGAAACAAGUCUUCUCUAAUACUAAAGAUUCAAAGCAAGAGAUUACACAGAACAAAUCUUUAUUCUCAUCUGUGAAAGAAUCCCAGCAGGAUGAUGGAAAAUGUGCUGUAAAUAUAUUGGAAUUCUUGAGAAAACGUGAAGAACUACAGGAGAUUCUAUCUAGAGUGAAACAGUUUGAAGCAGAGCCAAAUACAAACGGCCUUAAAACAUUUCAGACACUGUUAAAUAUUAUUCCAGUAUGGCUGAUAAGUGAAGAAAGAAGAAACUAUGGAGUUCGCAUUGCCAUGGAGAAUAAUUUAGAAAAAAUAAAAGAAGAAAUAAUACAUAUUAAAACUCAAGCAGAAGAUAUGCUUGUGUCCUCUGAGAAUAUAAUUCAAACAGCCAUGAUGUCCUCUAAAGCAGGAAAUCUGAGAAACAAACCUACUAGUCUUAAUGAAACAUUAUCUGAAGUGCCUAAUGUUAAAGUAAGCUACAAGAAAAACACUGAGCAGAAAGAAAAUAAAAUUGUAGAAGAAAAAACAGCUCACCAUCAAGUAGCAACUCAUCACGAAGCAAAAAUUGCUCACAAUCACGUAAAAACCCAUCAGGAAACUAAACUAGAUGACAACAAAAUUUCUCCUUCCUUUUUAAGAACACGACCCCAGUCACCUACUUUUAUAACAAUUGAGUCUACUGCCCGACGAUCAGAAACCCCAACUAAGGAUGAGCUUUCUCAGUCUCCUAAAAAGGAUCGGUCUGUUGAACCACCACUAAGAAGGCCCGUAUCACAAACAUCUAGAAUUCACAGAGCAAACACCUCCCCUUCUCCACCCAGGAGUCGCUCUGAACAACUUGUCAAACUCAAAGACACCACUGCAAAGUUAUCCAGAGGGACCAUCCCAAGUCCGUCAGUAACCCCAGUUCCAAUUGUAGAGAAGAGGUCUGAGAUCAUCACGUCUCCUGCAACACUUCGUCGUCAAAUUAAGAUAGAAACUCGUGGUAGGGACUCCCCGCCUACAAUCACAAUACCUGUAAGCGUCAAUCGCGGUAAUAGUGGUUCAUUUAGAGAAUCCAUGGAAGCACAAGAGGAAGUUAGGCAAGUAGAGAAAAGGACGACUUAUACUCACAAAGAUGGAGCUAAUUCCACUGAUCACAUAGUGCCGGAUAUGGAAAGUUUUGAUGCAGUUGAAAUCAUCCGCAAGGUCGAAGUGCCUCACGUGUCAGGGCCCAGGCAGAGAUACGAAGCAGCCAACCAAACUGUUCAAAUGGCUGAAAAUUUCGUAAAUGACCAUGACAAUGAUAUAAACCGAUGGUUCAGGGAAUUUGAGGAUGGCCCAGUUUUUGAAGCAAAGUCAAAUAGAAGAGUUUAUGCAGAUGGAGAAGCAAACCAUAAUAUAAAGCAAGACAGUCGUGCGUUUAGUAAGGAGGAAUUUGGAUUAACAUCUUCAGAAAAUACGAGUUUCAGGGGACUCUCUUGCAGACAUCCCAGAGAGCUGCAAGAAAAAAUUUCUUUUAAACAGCCCAGGGUAUGCUCUGAAACAAGGUCUCUAAGUGAAUAUCUCUCAGGCGUGGAUGCAUUUGAAAGUCAAGUUUUUGGGUCCGAGACAGCAGCCUCUUCAUCCCAUAGCUCAGAAGCCAGCAAAUCGGGCUUUGACUUCAAGCAUGCUCCACCAACCUAUGAAGAUGUCAUCGCCGGUCAUAUUUUAGAUAUUUCUGAUUCACCUAAAGAACUCAAGAGGAAUUUUCAAAAGACAUGGCAGGAGAGUGAAAGAGUUUUUAAAAGCCUGGGAUAUGCAACCUCAGAUGCUUCGGCAACUGAGAUGAGAGCCACCUACCAAGAGGAAUCUACACGCUUAAGUGAAACUGCUGCUCCAAGACAAGGAAAUUUGUAUACUUUGUCAAAAGACAGUUUAUCCAAUGGAGUGCUUAGUAGCAGACAAGCAGAGUUUUCAUAAGUCCUGCUUCCGAUGUCACCAUUGCAACAGUAAACUGAGUUUGGGAAAUUACGCAUCACUUCAUGGAAAAAUAUAUUGUAAACCUCACUUUAAGCAACUUUUCAAAUGUAAAGGAAAUUAUGAUGAAGGUUUUGGAUACAAACAGCAUAAAAAUAGAUGGAAUUACAAAAAUCAAAGCAGCUCAGUGGACUUUAUUCCGAAUGAAGAAACAAAUAUGUGUAAAAAUAAUGCAGGAAAUACUCCUAUACUUGGAGAUCUUAAACAUUUAGAUUCUGCUAAUAAUGAAGAGCAAAGGGAUGAUUUGAGAAAACUAGGGGAAAGGGGAAAAUUAAGAAUCAUUUGGCCUCCUUCCAGGGAGAUGCCUAAGAAAGGCUUCACCCUUGAGGAAGAGCUCAAAAUGAAUAAACCUAAAUGGCCACCUGAAAUGACAAUUCCUAUACCUCCUGAAAUUAAAAGUGAGUCACUGAUAGAACGUGCUAAGCCUCUGGAAAAUAAUGGACAAGAGCAAGAUAAUAUUUCUUUCUUGCAGCCAUAUCUGCAGUCCAUUCUUAUGUGUCAGAAAGAGGAUGUUACAGGAAUCAAAGAAACGAAAAUGUAUGAAGCAAGAAAAGAGGAGAAGGAAGGAAAUAAAAAUGUGCAAGAUAAGCUGAAUGAAGCUGAAGAUACAAAGAAUAAGAGGAAAAAUGAAAUGGAUCUUCAUGAUAACAAUAAUGUGGUUGUGCAGAGUACUGAAAAGGAGAAAAAUGAAAAAAUUAAUGAACCUGACAGUGCAGAAGUUUUACAGGUUACUAACACUGAUGAUGAGGUGGUGUCGGAAUAUCGUAAGGAGAAUUUGAAUAAGAAUAAUAACAACAACUAUGUAGCAGUCUCACAUCUGAAUAAUUGUAGGCAGAAGACAUCUAUUUUAGAGUUUCCUAAUCUAUUACCACUGUCAAGUGAAGCAAAAUACACUGCAAGUGAAUAUGAAAUCGAAAAGUUAGAAAAUGCAUCUAGAAUUUCAGAGUUACUUGGUAUAUUUGAAUCUGAAAAGACUUAUUCGAGGAAUGUACUAGCUAUGGCUCUCAAUAAACAGACCCACAGAGCCACUGCUGGCAGUCCUGUGCGGUCUGCUCCAAAAUCAGGCCUCCGUGGUGGGCUAAGAGUAAAGGGGAAAGGUUCAAUUGAUACAAACAUAUUAAACGUCAGAGGAAAUCACUCAAGUAACAAAAAUUUACACUUCUUCUUUUCCAACACUGUGAAAAUUGCUGCUUUUUCCAAGAAAGAUGAAAACGUUUUUGAGCAUAAUUUAGGAGAUUCUGUAGAUCAAAUUAAAAACAUGCCAUGCUUGUAUUUAAGAGAAUUUGGGAAGGACGUUAAUCAUUGGCAUGGGGAAACAAUAGGAGCAGCCCAUAGUCACGGAAACAUAAGUUUUGAUGCUCUGAGCAGUGAAUGUGCAGCUGAGCCUUCAUUUGCCAAUGUGGAGGUGCGGUCUGAGCAACUCACCGUGGAAGAGCAAAUUAAAAGGAAUAGGUGUUACAGUGAUACUGAGUGAAACAUCACUGGCUGCUUGCAGCCUACCAGUAAUCACUGAGAAAACUGAUGUCCUUAUGUAAGACUUUGGGAUUUUGAUAAACUUGUUUUGAACUUGUUAAUAAACUUAAUGUUCAGAAAUCUCAUGUCUAUCACAAUGGAAUAUUUCUUGAAUUAUAACUUAUGAUUUUUUUUCAUAAUUUGUUUAAAUCUUACUGUUUUUUUCCGAAUGAAAUGAGCAAUGUGGCUAUAUUUUCCUGACAAACAGCACUUAAGUAUAUUGCUCUGUUUUUCUACAGGCCAGAUAACAUCACUGAUGUGAUUCUAUACUACUGAUAUUUAUCACAAUUCUUAUACCUUCUUUAUAAUUUCUGCUGAAAUAAAAUUAAAUCACCUGGGGUGCAUAC